GACUCAUUGAAGACAGACUGAGAGAAAUGGGUCAGCAGAACUCCAGGGAGGGAAGCCCAUCACCCAUCCCUUCAGACUCAGGAGUAUCGAUGAAGGGAUCCUCAUCGUUGGAGCUCACCCACAGGGUCCACUCUCCAUCCCCAAAGACACCUGCUUCAAAUCCCACCGCUGCCACUAAACCUGACACUGGAUCAGAAGACAAACUCCAACACGGAAAUUCUGUUGCUUACCAAACCUCAACGCACUCCUCAGAUUUUGCAGAGUACAAGCACAAGCUUGAAAGAAGGAAACGCAAACCUGCUAUUGAGAAUCAGGACACAUCUAUCAAGGUAGCAAAGACAGCCAGUGAGAGUGAGGGAAGGUUUGACUCUGAUAGCUCCAAGCAGACUUCCUCGGGAAACUCCUCAGCAAAUGAACCUGUAGCUACUGAAAUUAGUCAUACUGCAAGUGUGCCAUUUUCAACAGACCAAAAAGAUAGUAGAAAGCAGGAUGUAAUCAUCCAGAACCGGGAUGUGAUUGUCACACCUCGCAGUCAGUCUCAGCGUUCUUCAGAAGCCUUUCAUGGGGCCUGUGGAGAAGAAGCAAUGGACUUAUCAGUUCGACCUACAAAAGACUCUUUUAUGGAAGGACUUGGUCAUGAGCAUGUAGGUCAGAGAAAAUUGUCUUUAGCUAAUGAUAGGGAUCCUUCACAUCCAACUUAUCAAUCCACCUUGAGAAGGGAAAGAGGUACUGGUUAUGUAGGUGUGUACGACAGUUCAGACCUCUCUGAUGGAAGUCAACAUUGUGUAUCCCCACAGCCUAGUUUGAACAAUAACAAAGUACCCUCGAAUGACUCUGGGUCAGACUUUGAUAGCUGUUCAGGGUCCCCAAUGGGGACCUUGCAGCAGGAUGGGCAAGGCAGGGAAGAUAUGGAGAAUGCAAUGAACUCUCCAAGGUCUGGAACCAACAUGGGUGGAAUAGAGUCCAUUGUCCAGAGGCUGCAUCAGGUAAAGUCAGAGACGCCCUCAAGAUCUGAUAGUGAGGAUGAAAGCGACUACUAUGCCGUCACCUUCAAGGAUCUCAUUGCCCGUACAAUCUCAAGAUGUGACCGGUAUGGUAAAGCACAGCAACGUGGUAAACGGAAGCGAACACCAAGGACAUCUUCAGAGCUCAGUGCGGCAAGAAAAGAGGAACUUAUGGCAACCAAGAAACUUCUUGAGAGAGUCAGUAAAAACAAAAGGGACAAAUUCAAGUUAACUAUUAAUUGCAGUACUGAUGGAAGUGAACAUGUCAGGAAUGCUGCUGCUUCAGAAGCAAUCGCAACUUUGGUGCGCAGUGUUUGGCACAAGGAAAAUCCAAAGCCAAUAGGACAGGUGAUAAAAGAAAUGGUUGCAAAGCGAUUAGCAGACCAAGAAGGAGAAGAGAAUGAUCCUAGGAACAUUGGACAAAAGCGAAAAGGACCUAUGACAAUCAAGGACAUCUUGAAUAGUAGGAGUGAUAAUGUAGUGGAAGAAUAUAAUAGAAGUGCUAAAAUUGAUGAAGAUGGUGAUGAACUACUAGUAGUUUCUGAUGGCAGUGAGAAAGAAGGAAGGGAGGAUGAAGCAGACCUUGCCAUGUCUGCUGCAGAGACUCUCAGAAAAAUGGCCAAGAGCAAUGAGCAGUGUGAUGAAAACUGUGGAGAACCUGUACCAGAUGGCCAACAGAUUCGCCGGGAAUCUGCAGUCUCUGAGAAAGCCAUUGACAUUAAAACCAAAGCAUCCAAGGAAAGAGAUGUUCAUGAUGAUGAAUCUGAUGAAGAGGAUCUAUCCCUGGAUCAUGAGCAAAGGAAAAGGGCAAAGAGAAGAAGCCGGAAGAAGAAGCGUAGAUGGGCGAGGAUGUUUGAGAAGGGAGUAAAGAUUAAUGAAGACGGGACUAUUUCUAGUGUUCCUGGACAAAAGAUGCUUAGCCAGAUGCAUGUAGGUCAGAAAGUGGGUGUCACUGACAGCAGAGAAAGUAUGGGUUUACCUGUUACCGAGAAAGACACAGAGACUCAAGCACCUGCACCUGCACCUAAACAUGAGGUAACACAGUGGCCUGCAGAAGCUGUUAAGAUGAAGGGUUCUGUUGCGCAGAAUGUAGUUCAGAUGUCAGGCGAUGUGGGAAUGGGAACAAUGAGGGCCCUUGUGGAAAAUAUUCAUGAUGAGGAUGAAGAGGUGGGGGGUGUCAUGGAAACCAAAGAAGUUCCUCGCCCCUGUAAAGAACGCGCAGCCAGUCCCAAGAGGACGCUGCCAGAGAGUAUUCCAGCUCCAAAGAAGGAGCCUCCAAAACCUGUAGUAAUUUCUCAUAGCAUUUCUCAAAUCCUCGAACAGAAAGGUUCCUCCAGCUCUGUAGAUAAUAGAAGUAGGUGUAUAAGUAGAAGCAACAGUGUGAUAUCAGCAACGCACAGUCCAGUUCAGUUAGAACCAAACACAGCGUAUGAAUCCUCAAGUAGCGACCAGGGAGCGAUGGGUCCAAGAGGGCCGGGUAAUUCGAGUCCUGUCGUAGGGCUGACAAGAAGAGAUGAAAUGAUGGGCGAAGAUAGUGCAGAAGAAGGAGGGCAAGGUGAGGUGAAGUCAAUGAGUACCGCUACCGAGUUCCUUAUCCGGAUUGCCCUGAUGCAAAAUGAUGGAAAUAGACAAGGUGCUGUAGAAACUAAAUAACAACAUAUCUUCUUGGUAUCGCAAGACUCUUAUUGUUUGAUGUAAUAUCGCUUUAUCUGAUAACACUUAGGAUCUUUCUACCUGGAUUAGGGAGAAAUAGCCAGGUUUUGGCAUUCAUUCAGUCAUGCUUCCCUUUCUGCUAAGAUAAUUUUUGAAAUGUAUUUUGAAAAAUAUUAAUAUAAAGUUAAUGAAAUCAUGUUUACCAAGAAAUUGGACACUACAUCAGUAUGAUAAUGACUUUUAAAAUCUGUGUGACAGAUUUGAAUAUUGUUCUUUACAUAGAGAACAGCUAAAUGUUUGUGAGAUAUAUCUUAAAAGUUAGUUCCCUUUUUCCUAGAUACUGAGGAAUUCUUUUUCCCAACAUUGGAAACCAACUUAGAUUUCAGUCAUUCUCAAGAAAAAUGACUUGUAUGAAACAGAGUAACAGAAAACUUGAUAAGGAGUUUUUACUAAGUAACAUACACUGUGCUGAGGAUUCGAGAUUGGAGAAUAACAUAUUUUCACAUGAAAGAAGGAUGCCUAUCAAACCUUUUUCGAAACCAGAACAGAGUAAAAUGCUCUAUCCAGAGUGGAUGAUAUAGUAAGUGCUUCAUUUGUUUUGAAUCUAAGAUGACACUUGUAUUCAAUAGAAAUGUUCUCAAUUUUCAGUGAAGACUUGGUAGGUUUCCUUUGUUAUGUGACCUUACAUUGGUCUCUUUUCUUGAAUCUACCAUAAGCUGUUCUCUUAUGGAAAGAGAAACAGUAACUCGUAGAUGACAUUUGUUAUCCAUAAGAUUGCUGUAUUUGACGAUCUUUACUAUUAUGUGUCAAGAAAAAAAUCUUUAACCCUCUUGGUUUUGAUUUUAGUUCUACAUAUUGUGAUUGUGGAAGAUUUUUUUUAAUUGAAACAAUUAGAAUAUUUAUUUUGAUGGUAAAUUCAAUGCAGAAGUUCAGGAGCCUUAGAAAUAAUGUGAUCUGUAUAAAGUAUAAAAAUAUGAAUGCUCUUGCUUUCUUGUGGCUUUAGUAAAGUAAAUAAAUACAAUUAGAAGUGUGUACUUAAAAUAUCAGGAUGAAUCUCAAAUCCAAAGAAAAAAAAGCCUUUGACCUUUUUUUAGCAAGUCAAAUGGAAAAGAAUGCAGGAGGAAAGGAGGUGAAUUUUGUAAAUUAUGUAAUAUUUUUUCUUCAAAGUUUGACUUGCUGAUGAUUGCAUUAAUUGAUGAAGAUAAGAUGAAUGAAUGCCUUAUAUGGUUGUGGUUUAUUUCAAUCAUGACUUAACCUGAUUAAGUAUUUUGUAAAUAAUUAAUAAAAAACAAACAAAAGAAAUCACUGUAGUGUACAAAGUGUAUCUUAAGAAAAAUCACACAGAUAUACCAAAGAGAUUGUGUAUGCAGAAUGUCACAUGAUCAAGUAUUGUCAUAUAAUUGGUAGGUGUCACAUGUAGUAUUUUGUCAUGUGAUCAAGUUGUCUUGUUUGAUUAGAUUGCCAUGGGUUAUGCAUUGUUAUUAAAAGUUAUUGAGGUUAUUUCCAUAUCAAAUUUGUCACAUCAAUAUUUCAUGUAAGUCACACAAUCAUAAUAGAUGUUUAGUCUCCACUAAUAAUUUUCUUUGACAUUGGAAACAUACCUUUCUGUUCAUGUGAUUGACAUUAAAUUGAUUUUUUCAUUCAUAUGUCAUCAGUAUUGGACGUAUACCAUAUGCUUUUGUAAAGCGAUACAUUUUUAAUAUUUUUGCAAGAUAUGUAUUUUGUUGCUAAACAGUAUUAUUUGUUGCUCUUAUUGGACUUUCAGAGGGUGCUUUCUAUGUCCCAUUAUGCUCACAAUUCUGUCCAACUAUCUCGUAGAUCAAGGGGAAUUCUUUUUGUCAGAUUUCAUGCCUUUUAUUCCAUCAUCUUAUCACAGCACUGAGCACGCCAUAUGUAAUUACAGUGUUAGGAUUUCAUGUGGGUUGACAAUUCAAAAUGAAAAGCAGAUUAAAUAAGACAUCAGGGGUUUGAAAGAGUUGCGUUCAAGCGCAUGUCCCGAAUGCUGGUGCUUCAUUGGCUGAAAAUCAAGUUGCGCAAGAUUUUUUGAGUUGCGUUUGAUUGCAGCUCUUUCUGCAAUGGGCCCCUGGCCUGGACCCUGUUGCAUAAAAUUACUAUUAUGGUAAGUUUGCAAUCCAAAGGUAACUUCCAUGGUAAAAGUGCUCAUCGGCCAAUCAAAAUCAAGGAUUCCUUUAAAGAUACCAUUGGAUAGCCAAAUACCAUGAUACCAAUAACUCUUAUGCAAUGGGGUCCAGGUGGAAUAUUUACUGUCAAUGUUAUUAUUCCACCGAUUCCCUUGAUACCCUCCACCUAAGUCACAAUUAGUUGGUAAGGAUAAGGACUUUAUUAACUCAAGGUGGUACACCACUUUACUAUGGUCGAGAUCGAAUCUGGUUUUCAUUUUCAAAUUGGCUAUAAUUUUUAAAAUAUUGUGUGUAUCAUCACUGUUACAUAGUUUGGGGGAAAAUAUGCAAGUUUGAAUUAAUAAUUAUUACAAGGUUUGAUCAAAAAGUUGCUGAUUUGCAGGUUAAGAUGUUUUUUUUUCACCACCCCCCCCCCCCCAAUAGGAAUUGCUUACAAUAAGGAGUGAGUGAUGAUAUUAAACAGGUUUGAUUCAGGAAUGUCCCAACUGAUUGCAAUGUAAAUGGUAUUGAUGUCAUCAGUACAAUAUGUGUAGUAGCUGCUAACCCAGCUUUUAGGAUAGGAGAAAAUGAUUUUCAAAAAUCUCCACAGGGAUGAGGGACACACUUUACCUUUAUUGGUUAAGGGCAAUGUUGUAUCAAAUUACUCUUUGGACUAGAAUUCUAGUCUGAUGUUCUAGUCUGAGUGCUAUGUUAUGGAGUAGUCCUUUAUGCAAGUGAUAUGAUCAUGUAGCCAUGUUAUUGAUGAAUACAUUCUAUAUAUGUAUGUACAUUUGAAAGUGGAAAUAAUGUCGAAGAAAGGAAUCAUCUUGUACAGUGCACAUUGUAAACAUUUGGUGCUGUUUCAGACUUUGAAUCAAUGCAAAGUUUGGAGAAUUUUUGAUGCUGUGAAUUCUUUAAUAGUUUUGUACCAAUUAGUAAUGCUUUUUUUUUUUCGUUGCAUUCAAAUGAAGCCAAUUAGACAUGUAAAUUACAUUCUUGGUUUUCUCCAUCAGCAGGCAGGGAUUCAUUUUUUUUGUCUAGAUCAUCAUAUUUUAUUGAUUAUUUGUGCACUUGUUCUUAAUUAUGUACUGAACUUUCUCCAUAGAAGCCAGUUUUCAUUAUUCUUAAUCAUUUCAUUAUUUUAUGUUGUGUUUCACAUGGAAUUAAAUGGAAUUGAAUUAGAAUUAAUGCUCAAGAUACAGUGCGGACAUGGUAUUCAACACGCAAUCUCAUUGAUUACUGGGCAGUUGGGCUCAUUCGUGACCCAUGUGGCGAUACUCCCAGAUCCGUAUUUCAAAGUUUUGUUUUAAGAAUAAUUUCCAUUCAAAUAUUUUUCAACAAAUUACUUGGGUGGCACUAGCCACCUGGACAAGGAUGUAAGCUUUAACAUGUCUGAUACAACUACAAAAGAACCCCUUUUUUACAUCGAAGUAUUUGACGACCAUGUACUUCAUAGGAUUGUGAAAUGUAAAGAGUUGAAAGUAAUAUUUCAUCCAAUUGAUGGGCCUCUUUCAACAGUUACCUCUAAUCGAUUGAUUUGAAUUAAUUGAUUGCAAAGCUGAAUAGCACAUUAGAUUUUAACAGAUGUUACAAGAUCGUCCUUCCCAACCAGUCUUGAAUUGCACUGGCUUCAUUUGAAUUAAAGAAUUGUUUUUUCAAAUUUACUACAGGCCUUUUCACACGCGAAUCUUGAAUCAUCAUUCGUCUUUAGAAUCAUCGGACCUUUCACAUGGAAAAUUUGUACGUAAUUUGAGUGAAACUUAACUGGAACUCACCUCCGGAGUAGAAUUUGAAUUUGUGAUUGUGAUUAGCGUUCGUGAUUCUAAUUUGGUUUCACACAUGCUAAAAAUUGGUCAUUAGCCUUAUUUUUCACUGGAAUCAAUCAUUCAAAUUACAAUUUUUUACCGUGUGAAAGGGCGGUACAAAACACUAACAUGUUAUAACUAGGCUCCGAGGUAUUUCUUACUAUAAUCUGGCUCAUGUAAUUGUGUCGGUUUGUCUUUUUGUGCCUGGUUUCUCCAUGGCAGGUCCCGAAUCACUGAAAUUAAGGCCAUGAAAAAAAUUGAUUCAUUUUAAGUGCUUAUGCCCUAAUGGGAAAAGCAUACUAUAAGUAACACAAAUAUGAUAAGAUAAUUGUAUCUUUUAUGUUGGAAGCGUUGGAUGGCUUUGCUCUUAGUUGUAAUAAUAUACCUAAUUUGUCUUGUUCAGGAGCUUUUGGAGUGAUUUCUUUUGAAAAUAAAGUAGACAUACAUCACAUCACAGUCUUGUUUUUAAAUAUGAAUCACAAGUAGGGCUUGGAUGGUAAUGAUUCUGAAGAUGAAAAGCAUUUGUAUAGCACCAUUUAUCUGUGAGUCAUUCAAAGGUGCAGUCUCCCACACUCUGUCACUCUAUUCACAAAGCUAAUGAGAAAGAUAGAUUUUUAGUUUAGAAUUUAGCAUAUGGACAUUAUUCAGGUCACAGUACAUGUACAUGUAUACACAGUAUUUUUGCUAUUUCUUGCAUCACGAUUGAUAAUUUUUAUUUAUUUAAUACGCCAUUUAGUGAUAAAUUAUGUAAGAAGAGAUAGGAAUUCAUGCAAUAUAGGAAUUUAAUUAGACUUCUACCCACUAUAAAGAAUUGCUUUUGUUGGAUAAUCUUCCACUUAUUUUGGUGCUUAUGUUCCAUCUCUGUUCCUUAUCAAGCAUUAAUAAGAUAAUGAGGUCAAAAAUCGAUAUAUUUGAGAAUUUCAUGUACUUGGAAUUAAAGGAAUGCAUUCUUGGCAAUUUGUCUCAGAAAUUUAUUUAUAACUUGCAUUGGAAGUGCACUGUACCUACAUUUUCUGAAAUAUAUUAUGCAGGAAAUAAGCUCUCUUUUCUAUUUAUUGUAUAUUUAUGUUUAAUAUGGAAGAUGUGUAUAAAGAAUAAUUUGUUUUCUCCUUCUGUGCCCACAUUUCUUUACAAGUUGAACUGUCUGAUUUUGACAUUUAAAGGAGUUGGUUUAGAAUAUUGCUACAUGUAUUUUUCUUCAAUUUCUUCGAUAUUCUCAUAGAUCUUUCUAUUUCCCUGCUGUCCUCCCCUUUUCUUUUUCCAUCCUUUUUCUCAGCCAUUCCACUUCUCUCUUUUCAUUUGUUCACAAUCUUCAUCUGUCUUUCUUCUUGAUUAGUUGUGUUCUAUUCAUUUAACAGAAUUGACGCUCUAAGAGUCAUUGCAGAGUACAAACUAAAGUUAAAAUUGAAACUUACCAUGCUUAAGACUGUGAUCAGUUAAAAAAAAGCCUGUCUACCAAACAUUGAGGGGAAAAACACAGUAGAGUUAUUCAUACAGAAUAUUUGUGUAUUUAAGGCUAUUGAGAGUAAUGAACAGAUAUGAAUAUAAACAUGUACAUGUAAGUUACCUAUGUGAACAAUACUACCAUGUAUGUAGAUAAUUGGCUGCCACUAGUCAAUGUGAAGAAUGCUACCUGUGUAGGUUGUGACUUGGCUAUGACUAAUCAAUGUGACCAGUGCCACCCAUUAUACAGGUUGUGACUUGGCUAACACUAAAAGUGAGCAGUGCCACUUAUGUACUUUGUUACUUGGCUGUGACUAGUCAAUGUGAACAGUGCCACUGUGUAUUACAAGUACUUGGCCGUAACCUGUUACUUGGCUGUGACUUAUCACUGUGAAGGGUACCACCCAUUAUACACGUUGUAACUUGGUUGCCACUAGUCAAUGUGAACAGUGCCACUGUGUAUUACAAGUACUUGGCCGUCACCUGUUACUUGGCUGUGACUUACCACUGUGAACGGUAUUACCCAUUUUACAGGCUGUGACUUGGCUGCUGCCAGUCAAAGUGAGCAGUGUCACUGUUGGUUUUGACUAGUCGAUGUGAUCGGUGCCAUCUUGUAUCAUUAUUGUUGAGUAUAAGAAUUGAGCUUCAUGAUGGUAUUGAUAGUAUAUAGUGUAUAAGCAUUGUGUAAAAGUUGGGGAUGUUGUCUACCAUAAGGUCCCUUGAGCUCUAACUUUGUCAAUCAAAUUCUACUUAUUAGUAAUUCAUUACUGUAUUUGACAUUCAAAUCAAUCAAAACAAAGGAAUAAAUACAAUCAUAGCAGAAAAAGGCACCUAAGACUCAAAUAAGAAGAGGUGCUGCAGGGGUACAUUGUAGAAAGAGAUGUAUUAAUCUCAACUGGAAAAAUUAUUGACCAUUACCAUUUAUUAAUUUUAUUUUCUUGAGGAGUGGGGUUGUAUUUAACAAUCACAACAUGCUUUAAUAUUUUGCACUAUCAGUGCUGUUUGGCUAUGUGCAUGUAGGCCCUAGUUUUUUAAUAGUAAAAUCUUCUUUAAGAUAAAUGUUGAAAUGGGUAUGUUCAGCUCUCAAGAUAUGUGAAGUGUUUGAUUCUUCUAUUGUGAUGUUACAGUUGCUGCAGAAAAUUAAGAGCAACCUUAAGAUAUUCAACUUUCUUAUGAAUGACAAUAAAGUAAUAAAUGUUGAACUAAAUUCGGUAUUUCAAUUUCCAUUUGAAUCAGAAUUAUCAUUACAAAAUAUCCAUACUAAUUCUAGACAGAUUGUUGAAGAUGAUCAGCCGGUACCUGACAUGGCUACAGGCCAUGCAGCUAACUGUUAGAUAUACAUGGUUACAUAUUCUAAUUUUGGACGUCAGUCUGGCUGAUUUCAUUACAUACUCAGAGGACUAUGAAGCCAGUAUCCAAUAAAAACUCCCCAUGUUCAUUGUCAAAAUUGGACGAUUUUAAGAAAAGUGAUCUAUAUUAUUUAUCUUGAAUAUUCACAUAACCAGUAUUAUUUGGGGGAUAUACCUACUCUAUUGCUUUGCUUCACAUUUGUGUAACAAUAACAUGAUUUGGGGGUCAGUGAUAAGCCAUAGUACUCAUGUUGACUUUAUACAGACAUGGGCACUGCACAGAGAAAUUAAUGUAUGGAACCAGUAUGUCAGCCUGGCAAUUUCAGCUUUUUUUUUUAAAUUAAAGAAUCAUAAUUAUAUAUGAGGGCAUUUGAAGAGCAAUCUUUUGUAGUGGACCAUCUUCUAUACUCUAUUUGUACCAUGACAAACAUUUGAAAGCUCACAACGAAUUUUCUUCAUCUUAAUAAAAUAGCACACUGCCUCAAUGACAGUUUAUCACAUUUUGAAGAACUCUUCCUUUUCCAGCUCUUUUGAAAUUCCAGGACAUUUCUGCCAAUGUUGAGUGGAAAGAUGGAUGUGCAGAAAAGAUAAGAUACCUUGAAAUUCGCAGUGAACAGGUGUCUUUUGUCCUGUAUCCUCUAUUUUUAUCAGAAAGAUGCGGAAGAGCUGGCAUGUGAAUCCUAGUAGAUGAGUCUAAUCAAGUUUGGAACCCAUUGAUAACUGAAGUCUGUAAUUCCCAUAGACUCUGUACAGAACUCACAUGGUUCCAGUAUGCAACAGUCAAUGUUCUGUGAUGUAUUUUAACCUAUGUCACCAGUUUCUUUCAAAUGGUAUUUUUCUAGCCCAGAUAUCAUAGAAGUUGAUUGUAAUUUUGAGUUCAAGUGUAAGGUAUUAUGUACAUAAUUUGACGGCAAGAAUUCAGAACGAUACCAUACACCAUGAAAAGACAUAUGUGGGACUACAUUGCAUGUCCUUUACAACAUCUAAGUUCGUGGGUUAUUGGUGAGAUAUUCAUGAUGGUAAACAAAAACAAAAAAUGAGUAUUAUGUUGUCUUCUGUUUCAAUUUUUGCCAUCUUGCCUUUAAAGAUUUAUGAUCGUUACUAAUAAAUGAGACAGAAUCUUGUUCUGCUAAGUCUCUUGAA